AUGUGCAGUAGCGGGAAGUUUAAAAGUGUUUAUGACCAAACAAUCCCGCAGCCAGAGCUCUGCGUAAUCGCCCGUGUUGCUUUGGACUUUUUGCGCUGUUCAUAUUUCUGAGAAUAAAAUUCCUUUUUCGCCAGAAAUUUUACAGUAUAAGAGUAUUUUCUUUUCAUCAGAGGUCACAGAAAACAUGGAUGACUUUACUCAGAGGUUGGUGGAACGGACUCGUGCAAGGCAAGAAAUGAUGCAACAGAAAAUGCAACAGCAUUCAGGCACAGCUCAAAGAAAACGAAGGCCGUUACUGUCUCAAAAUAGUGAAGAAAACUUAGCUAUUAAAAUGAGCUCUGGGACAGAAGAGUUGAAAAACAAUGACAAUUUAGAGUCACCAAAUAAAAGAACUCGAACCGAUUGUGAAGACAGCGAAAACAUUUUACAACAAAGAAGCUCAUCGGACUCUGACGUGAUUCAGUCAAGAACAUCUAAAUCCAGACAAUCUGGUCAUCAUGUCAAUCAGAGAAUGCAAAAACUAUUGAAUCAAAGAAAGAUAUGGGAAGCUGAAGAACAAGGGCAUGAUAUCAGCUAUGAUGAUGAAAACUUACCAUCACCAGUUAUUCAUCAUCCACCACCCCCGGAAUCACAGAAAACACAAUCCCUUGAACACCAGGGAAGAAAGAAAAGACUUGCUGCAUUGGCUGCUCGUGUCAGGGGAUGGGAAGAUGAUAUUUCUCAUCAUGACCCACCUAAAUCGCCAGAGAAAUCACCUGUUCGUUGGAAGCCUCCCACAGGAAGAGUACAACAAGUCAAUGCUGUUCCUGUUGAAAAGGUACAACCACAGAAGGCCUCAGCACCUGUUGAUACUACAGCCAGGGUUGUGAGACAAACUUCUGGAGAUCUGGAUAUUGAAAGCCUUGCAAAGUUUGCUGUAGUUGGUAAAGCAGCAGAAAGGAGAAGUCCAGCUAAAUCACAACAAAACAAGUCUGUUAUAUCGAUAAGUGGCAAUGCUAAAACUGUUUUGCAAACAAAUAAACAAUCGUUAAUUGUGAACAGUGCACAUGCAUCUGGACAGCAGACAACCCACGGCUCAAAAACAUUGCAGCAAAGAAUGCUGGAUUUACAGAGUAACGGAAUAACUGAAGCUGAUAUCAGUGCAAUGAACACAAGUUCUGCAAAUUUGAUUAUGGAGAGAGCGAGAGCUGAGAGAGAAAAAGAAUUGGAAGAAUUAAGAAAUAGAAAAGUACAUGGAAUGAAAAUCCACGGAUUGGCCCAAAAUAAAUGCGAUGAGGAAAUAAAACCUGCCUCGCCGACAGUUGAAAAAGCUAGUGCUGAAAAUUUGGAUGAUGUUGACGAUAACGACGAUAUUAUGGGAGUUUGUGAAAAUGAUAAAGAGCAAAUAAAAGACAUGGAUUCUACAGAACAAUGUGAUGAUCAGACUGAAUUAAAACAAAACGGAUCAUACUUGGAAGAUGAUAAUAAUGACAGCAGAGGUCAAUGUGAUGAAGAAGUCUACACAUCAGCUUGCGAAAAACUUGUGAUGGAAGAUGAUGAUCAGGAUGAGGAGGAAGAUGAAGAUGGUCAAGAAUUAAGUUACAGUGAUUCUCUCUUAGAUGAAGAUGAAGAUAGCACUGUUAACGAAAAGGAUGCUUCGGCAGAUGAGAAGAAGGUAGUCAGUCCAUCUUUACCAAUUGCUUGCUGCAGUAGUUCUGAAUAUAAAGUUUUGGCAGAUAUUGAAGAGAAGUUAGCCAACGUAUCAGGCGAGUUAAAAACAAUUUCAGAAGAAAAAACUGAAAAGGAAGAUGCUUGUCAAAUGAUUGAUGAUUUAUUUCAGGGAGUUUUAUCUGAUGAGGAGAAAAUGAUUCUCACUCCACCUCCUCGAACUCACUCACCCAUUACUAUUCCGAAUCUUACUAGACAGAAGAGCAAAUUGGAGAUAAGAUCAGAACUUACAGUGCGAAAGCAGACUUGCAAUGAAGCAGAAGACACUCAUGCUCUUACACAGCAGAGUAAGUUUCAACGAACUUGUCUCUCCAAGUCUAACUCAACUGAGUCGAUUGUCUCAUUUUGCCAAGAAAAAGAUUUCCCUGUUUAUACGAUUAGUUCGUAUCGCACAGAAAAACGAAGACAGUCCAUUGGAAGGGUCGACAAAAGAGUUGUCAGGAAUGAAGCGGCCAAUGCUAAAGCAGCCAUGAUAAAAAAGCAAGCUCCGGACAAGCGGCCAGUCAAUGAAAUCAUUUCCGACAUGAUGGCACAAGUAAGCGCACAACAGCGUGUUAUACAGCAAGCUAGUGCUGCAUUGAAUUGUUGUUAUGAUGCCCAUCAUGGAAAAGGAACUAUCACAGAAGUUGAAGCUGAGAAACUCUUGCUAAUUACAAGUGAACGUCGUCUGGCUUUAUUGGCUGAAAUUCAACAACUGAAACAAAAAAGAACAAGCGGAAGAGAUGAAUCAAAUUUUAAACCAUGUUCUGGAGUCCUCGUUGUUGGGGGUUUACGUCUCCCACUCAGAACUGAAUAUAUUUUCUCAAUUGCUAAUAAAAGAGAUGCAGGUGAACUACGAAACCACUAUUACUUUGUUCUUGUGAGAAAUGGUCAUCAAAUGUUUGCAACACAACUUGCUUCUACUUUGGGUGAUUUGUCUGGAGAUUCACUUGUAUUUAAAGAUGAUUUCACAAUUGGAAAUUUAUCGAGUGACUUCAAAAUUGUGCUAGAAGUAUAUAGCCUGAACCACAGAACUCGUGCUGAUGGAAUUCCUGUACAAGAUAAAGCAAAAGGAAAGUUGUCUGGUAUUUUACACAAACGAAGAUCAGGUGACAUGAAGAGAUUAUUGUCAGAGGCAGUUGAGAAAACUAGAAAUAAGGUUAAGAAAGCAGCUACCUCUUCAAAAAAUACUCAAAAGCAACAAACAGACAGCAAGAACAGCUUUGAUACAGACAAGUCUCUCACACCAAAGAAGCUGAGAACUUCCAAACGUACAUCACACAUGCCUUCCAUGAUGAGUCCUGGUGGCCCAAAUGCCAUUCGUAUCAGUAAUUUCUCUCUUAUUGGAAGCACAACUAUCACUUUAGGAGCAAUAACUGGAAGAAAAUUUGCUUUACAAAAGCUGAAUAUGGUUCCUUUUCUUUCACCAAUAUCUGGUCAAAUUUUGUGCAAGUUUUCAUCCAACUUCGAAUCAAGCAUCUCACAAAGAGGAUUUUUGACGAUGUUUGAUGAUGUUGGAGGUCUGGGUGCAUGGCAUAGAAGAUGGUGUGCUCUGAGACAAGGAAAAUUGUAUUCUUGGACUUAUCCUGAUGAUGAACAAUACAAGAAGCCGCUGAUGUCCCUCGCGCUUCGUGAAUGUAUCAGCCGUGACAUAACAACAGUAGAACGCAUUUUAUGUGCUCGACCUAACACCUUCGAACUUCGUACAAUGAGGCCUCGUCGUCAAGGGGAUAGACAAAACCUAAUAUCGGAGGACACUGGAUCAGUCAUAACUACAAAGCAUUGGUUGUCUGCUGACACAAAAGAAGAAAGAAUAGCUUGGAUUGAAUCAUUAAAUCAAGCUCUUGUCGAUGUUCGUGCAUGGGAUAUGGAUGCUCUGAAACCUUUCAAAUAAAAACAUUCUGCAGGUCAUUACAUGCACUUGACCAAGUGUGGGCCAAUUUUGUUUCCUAGCAACACUAAGCCCAUUUGUAACCAUUAAUCUCACCUAAUCAAAAGUUGUUUACUCGAAUUCAAUAAUUGAUUUUUUAAAAUUUGCAUGGCCUAUUAUUAUCCUGGUGAACAAAUUACUGCCACAGUGAUUGGUGUUAUUUGCAUAAUCUUUAUUCUGUUCUAAUCACACUAUAACAAUGCCAUUUGUGCUAUGUAUAUUGCUCUGAACUUACAUAUUCACAUCAUUUAACUAGAUGGAUAAAAAGACAAGGCUGUAUGCUUCUUUAAAAUUUUGUCAGCAGGACUUAUUUACACAAACUAAAUGGAACAAAUCAUUUGAAAUAUAAUAACAUUACAAUUUCUCAGUUGAAAGUAAGAGAUCAGUGCUCUGUUUCAUUAUUAUUUAAUCCAGAUGUUUUACUGAGGUCUUCUAUUUUUAUAUGGCUGCUUAUGUCUUUCACAUACUUUGGGAGGUCUGCCUUGCUCAAUUUGCUGACUAGAUAGACAUACAUGAUUUUUUAUCUUUGUUAAUGCUGCCGUCCAAUAUUGUAUAUAUCAAUAACCUUUUUCAGUGUUACCGCUCGACAGAAUAAUAUUAGAAACAAAUAGAUAGAAUUUAUUCUGCCCUUGAAACGAUAAAUUUACGAUCAUUUGCAUAAUGAUAUAGAAGUUAUCAAUAAUCGUGAAUUGAAGUGUUUCAACAUAAAAGUAGAUGUGGUUUUUGAUUGGGUUGAAUUAUUCACGAAAAUUAGUUUUAAGAUAAUUGUUCUCCUGUUGCUUCUUUUCUGUCUUAUAUUACACUUUCACUACAUUCGUGCUUCGUGAUAGACAGGUCAAUGUUUCAUUUGUUUUCUGACUUUCACCUUCAUUCCACUGUCCUUUGGAAUUGAAAAAAGUCUUUGUACAGAUAUAUCAAUAAAAUAUGUUUCAAUGAUU